AUGAUACAAGAGGAAAAAGUUGGUGGCAAUUUAGUUCCUCAAAGUCAGUUGGAUAAUGUUAAAAAUCAUCCAGAUAAUCUAGGACUUUUUGACCUAUCUUUCAUAGUAAACCCUUUUACAUGGAGUAAUCAUAGGUCUGGUGAUUCACUAAUUCUUGAAAGACUUGAUAGAGCCCUUGUUAACCAAACUUGGUCUGACUUUUUUCCUAAUGCUAUUAUCUAUCAUCUGAUUAGCCUAGCUAGUGAUCAUGUUCAUAUACUCCUUGUCACUUCUAGGGAGGACAAUAAUUCUAGGAGACCUUUAAGGUUUAAUAGAUGCUGGUUUAAUGACUCUAGCUGUAAGGAGUUAAUAUCUGAUAACUGGAAAACUAGUGAAAAUGGGUCCAAGGCUUAUAAACAUUCUAAAUGCUUGCAUAAUGUUAAAGUAGCUUUAAGGCAAUGA